UAAUACAUAGGUGUACUCUAAAUUGGAUGUGAUUAGAGUUGGUACCAAUGUUUGUGGUCUCAUUCUUGACCUUGGAUUUCAGUCGUGGCCCAUCCCCUGACCAUCCAAAACUAAACCAAAUUUACAGCCUUAUCCGUCCCUCUACUCAUAUUUUUUAAAUUUUUAUAAAACUAAAACUAAAACUAAAACGAGGAACGAUGAAGCCGACGCGAAGGAAGGGGACUGCUGUUAACUAAUGGUUUGUUUUAAAUCAUGAAAAUUGAAAGGGAAUUUAAUGUUGUUUGAAGUGUGUGAGAUGGCAGCUUAUUUAUUGUGGUGUCGAAGGAGCAUUUGGCCGUAGAGACGGAUCGGAGAUGAGUGAGAAGUCUGAGGAAUGUGGAAUUGGCGGAGAUAUUUUGGAAGAGAUAAUAAGUCACGUUCCGUUGGUGGAUCUUGUUUCUGCCAACACCGUAUCCUCUUCCUGGCGCUCUGCAAUCUCCGCCUCCCUCCUUCGUCUCAACACCCUCAAGCCAUGGCUGAUUAUUCACUCCCAGUCCACUCGAUCUCCUUCCGCCGUUACUACAUUCGCCUACGACCCAAGGUCCAACCUCUGGAUGGAGCUCCAACGCCUCUCCUCCUCUUCCAUCCACACUAAUCACUACUUCUCUCUCCUUAGAUCCUUCCACUCCUCCCUCCUCUACAUGCUUUCUCCCUCCAGAUUCGCCUUCUCCAUGGACCCACUCCACCUCAACUGGCAACACGCCCCCCCACCCAUCGGUUGGCGCCCCGACCCUGUGGUCACCGCCGUCGGGAACUAUAUCAUCGUGGCCGGCUCUCGAGGCUGCGGCGGCAUACCAGACGACUCCACUCCCCCACUCGAAAUCUACGACGCCACCACUGGGACGUGGGAGUGGUGUGACUCCAUGCCUACGGAUCUCAUGGAGUCGGCGGCGUCCACGUGGCUGUCAGUUGCGGCGGACCCACACAAAAUGUGCGUGUACGUGAGUGUCAAAAGUACGGGCGUAACGUAUUCGUUCGAUGCUGGGAGAAAAACGUGGGGCGGGCCGUACAAGGGGCGUGGGGGGGAUACUGAUGAGGUGUUCUUUUCAGUGAUUGGGUGCGGCGGGAAAGGAAAAGGUAUGAUUGUGGUGGGUCUGAGAGGAGAGGCGGAGGAGGUGAGAAGCGUGGUGAUGUGGAGAUUGGUGGAAAUAAUGGAGGAAGGUGGUAGAGAAGAGUGGGAGAUGCCAUUUGAGCUUGUGGAGAAGCUGAAAGGGGAGAGUGGGUACAUGCCCUCCAUUUGCUUGAAUGUGAUGGGGGAUUUUGUUUUUGUUAACAACCCUUCGGAGGGUAGGGAGGUGAUUAUGUGCGAGCUCAAGCAGGGGGAAUGCCGCUGGGAAAGCCUCACAGUCGCCAUGUGUAUAAGAGACAGCUCCUGCUCCAAUGUAACACUCCCACACUUGGAACGCGCCUUCAACCUCGGAACCCUACCCGUCUCACUCAAAACUCUACCCAACUCCCACAAAUAAUUUUCUAGAUUUGCAAUUACAUAGCAAAAUUUUCAAAUCUAAUUUUCAUAUUUCUUAUUAUUCCAAUUUUACAUUGUUUGUGUAUGAACUUGUGUGUAUAUGAUAUUCUAUAUUAGCAUAUAGCAUAUCAAUCCAGAGGAUUUAGUUGUGUUAUGGUGAAUGUUAUUUACUCUUAUAAUAUUU